UUAACUUUUACUCUCAGUUUGUGUUGAACCGCGAAUAGAGACGGAUGCGAAAAGAAUUGUUUGGAAUUAAAAAUUAUCGUUUUGUGUUAAAUCUCAUACUUCAUUUAUUUUUUGUUUGACUUGACUUCGGGUGCUGAAAAAAAUUGACAAUUCAUUGUGCGCGUCUUGAAAAUUAAUAACUCGGCUGAAAAAUGAGUAGCAAGUUUACAAAGAGCAUAACACCAAUUGAUGAUUACGUAUGUACGCUGCCCGAAGAGACGAGAAAAAUAGCAGAAGAUGAAUUGCGUGAAACAGACUCAGUGCGACGUCAUGCUUUAGAGUCAUUACGUGAAUGGGCAGAAAAGAAUCCCCGAAUAAAAGCAGUUAGACUUGAUUCUACGUUUUUAUUGAAAUUUUUGCGAUGCAAGAAAUUUUCACUUCCGAUGGUUAAGGAACAGAUUGAGAGAUAUUUGGUGCUGAGACAUUAUGUCUAUGAUGAUAUGAAGGUGUUUACAAAUUUUGACUAUAAGAUGCCAGUGAUGCAGGAACUGAUUGAUUUAGGCUACAUCUUCCCACUUCCCCAAAGAGAUCACCUAAACCGUCGAAUUGUUAUGUAUCGUCCCGGUGUCUUCAAUCCUUCAAAACAUCACAACUUUGAAAUGGUUAAGCUUCAUGGCCUCACAUACGAAACAUUAAUGGAAGAUGAACUUGUCCAAGUUCACGGACUCAUCCACAUAGUUGACUCAUCAGGAAUGGGUCUGCAUUAUUUGACAAUUUUUACACCGCAUGAAGUUUAUCGCAUUGGCAGAAACUUGGAGAAAAUUGUACCAAUAAGACAUAAGCAAAUUCAUGGAUUAAAAGUUCAUCCGUCACUUAAGUUUGCUGUUGACUUUGCUCUCUCGCAGAUGAAUGACAAAAUGAGGAAACGUGUCUUCUUGAAUAAGAAUCUAGAGGAUAUAAAUGUCGAUAAGAGUCUGCUGCCACUUGAGUACGGUGGAACUAUUCCAAUGAAGGAUAUGAUUGAGUCUUUUAAGCAAGAACUAGCUGCGAGACAUCAAACUGUAAUUGGAAAUGAUAAAAUGGACGUUAAUCUUGAAUUGUAUCCAGAGCAAGUUAGAAAUGGAUCAGUUAGAUCCUUAAAGAAAUCUAUUGAUGAGAUAGAAGCUGAGAAGAACUACAACAACAAUAAUAUUAAUGGAUAUAGUCUUCAAGGUGUUCAAGGUUCAUUUAGAAAACUUGAAAUAGAUUGAAAUCAGAAGUCACUCGACACAUCUUAUGAAGCUGCUUGUGAUUAGAUAGUAAAAAUUAUUUUUAAUUGUUGGAUUUUUAAUUCCUAAAUAAAGGUGUUAAUUUUUAUAUGUAUACAGAGAUUAAAGUUCACAAAGCAUGG